ACGCCUGUCUUCCAUUGCCCAAAUCUCAUAUCUGAAGGUUAAAAUCUGUCUGUCUCUGUCACACCGCACUUCAGUCCAGCGGUACCCGCGUAUCAGUCUCCCUCUUCUCGCUCAUAAUUUGUAGAAAUAUUAACACAAUAUCAUGUCGAUAUUUGGUGAAGUCCCGCAAGCUGCUCCUGUCGCGGUGUUUAAACUGACAGCAGACUUCCGUGAAGAUCAGAAUCCCAGGAAGGUGAAUCUGGGAGUCGGAGCCUACAGGACAGAUGAAUGUCAGCCCUGGGUUCUGCCCGUGGUGAGAAAAGUGGAGAAGAUGAUCGCUGAUGACCAUAGUUUGAACCACGAGUACCUGCCCAUUCUAGGCCUGCCAGAGUUUCGUUCAAGCUCAUCUAAGAUCGCUCUGGGUGAAGACAGUCCUGCCAUCAAGGACAAUCGGGUAGGAGCUGUGCAGUGUUUAGGUGGCACCGGUGCUCUGAAGAUCGGAGCCGAGUUUCUUCGCCGUUGGUAUAAUGGAACUGACAACACAAAAACUCCAGUUUAUGUGUCGGCACCCACAUGGGAGAACCACAAUGCCGUUUUCUCUAAUGCUGGAUUUGAGGACAUCCGUCCAUACAAAUACUGGGAUGCAGGGAAGCGUGGACUCGAUCUGGAAGGAUUUCUGGGUGACCUGGAGAGCGCACCUGAUCACUCCAUCUUUGUGCUGCAUGCCUGCGCUCACAACCCCACCGGCACAGAUCCCACCCAGGACCAAUGGAAGCAGAUCGCUGAUGUCAUGAUGCGAAAGAGUCUGUUUGCCUUCUUUGAUUCAGCCUAUCAGGGUUUUGCCUCAGGAAAUUUAGAUAAGGAUGCCUGGGCUGUCCGCUAUUUUGUGUCACAAGGUUUUGAAUUGUUCUGUGCCCAGUCGUUCUCAAAGAACUUCGGUCUGUACAAUGAGAGAGUGGGGAACCUGACUGUUGUAGCCAAAGACCAAGACAAUUUGAACCGUGUAUUGUCUCAAAUGGAGAAGAUAGUUCGAAUCACCUGGUCCAACCCUCCGUCCCAGGGUGCACGUCUGGUUGCCAUCACACUCAACACCCCUGAACUCUUUGCUGAAUGGAAGGACAAUGUGAAGACCAUGGCAGACAGAGUCCUGCUCAUGCGUGCUCAGCUGAAGGAAAAACUCAAAGCACUCGGAACUCCAGGAACCUGGGAGCACAUCACUGAACAGAUCGGCAUGUUCAGCUUCACCGGACUCAACCCUAAGCAGGUGGAGUACCUGGUGAAAGAAAAGCACAUUUAUCUAAUGGCGAGCGGUCGCAUAAACAUGUGUGGCCUCACCACCAAGAACAUCGACUAUGUGGCCGAGUCCAUUCAUGAAGCUGUCACUACAGUCCAAUAAGCACCUUUAUCGCACUUCCUGUUUGUGUGUGUGUGUCCACAGGAACAUAGACACGCACAGACACACACACACACACACACACACACACACACACACACACACACUGAUACACACCUUCACUCGCCAGGUCUGUUGGUCUAAUUUACUCAUCAGCAUUUCAACAUUCUAUUUUAACUGUAAUUAUAAAGAAAUGAAAUGGUCCGAGAAGAUUUGUGGUGGGAUUUACAGUCAACCAAAUGGCUCUCUCUGCAUUUCAUUAACCUGAAGGUCCAGUUUCACUGAUUUUAUGAUCCUUCACGUUCUUAGGUUAAAUUUAAACAGGUUAAUGUGACUGGAUCAGAGUUAUAGGCAACCUUUGUGUCAGUGGGUGGAACAGGUAGAAACUAGCUUUUAUUAACUUGUUGAAUUUUAUCAUCAUGUCUGAAAAAUUCACUGUAUUGAGUGCUGAACUGAAGAACGAUGUGCAUGUUUUAUGAUCUAUGUGUCUGUAUUAAAACAUGCGCACAGAGACGACUCUAGAACUUGAAUAAUGGGGGCAUUAGAUUGUGUUUAACUGUCAAUUCCUGAUGCUCUUACCUCAAAUGAAAUAGCUUGAAGAAACAUUUUACCUUAAAAUCCAAUUUUUGUGAUUCAGUUUUAAACUUAUUGUAAGCAAUAGAGGACGAAACCUAGUAUUGUGGUCUGUGAAGAGGUGCAUUCUGGGAUAUUGGAUCUCUGAGAGCUGAAAGAGAGGGAAUUAUACAGAAAAGCGAUUUGUGGGUUGAAUAUUCCUUUAAGCUUGUCAUCUUUGAUGUUCUGGAAAUUCUAGGUUGUGAAGAGUCCAGGCAUUGUUUUGCACUUUAUUUUCUGAUGUCUGUUUAAUGUACUGAUUCUGGUCCAUCACUUUCACUGUGUCUUGUGUUGUGUUCAGGCUCAUUUGUGCACUGCAGGACCGUUUUAUGAAUGUGCAGCCAUAAGUCCAAGUACAUUACUCUCCCACACAGCUUCUAGGAGUACUGAAAGUCUUUGAGCACAAAUAUACUAAUCAAAGUGCAUUCAAAUAAAUGAAUUAAAGAAA